AGACUGGACUCUGAUGGGAAGUCCAUAACUGAAAAGAAAAAAUAAUAGAAAAUAAAAAUAACGGAAGAGAGGAAAAAAUAAUAAAAUCUGGCAGCAGCCUCUGUUGAUUUAAUCGAAUUAAUCGCGUUCCUCCUCCUCCUCCUCCUCCGCCUCGCCGUGGUGCACAUUCAUUCAUCACCGUUAUCUGGUUUCUCUGUGUGGAUCUAAAAGCACUUUUAUAUAGAAUCCAUCUAGAGAGAAAACAGCUAAUCUCAGAUUGGCAAGGGCUGAUUGAUCAAUGAGAUCUACUUUGAAUAGAUCUCUCUCUCUCUCUCUCUCUCUUUAUACCUCGACCUCUAACUUCAUAUUUGAAAUCUGCAGAGAUCUAUCUGAAUUUGACAUCUGUUUCUUCCUUUUUAUAAAAAGAAAUGGGUGGAACAAGCAAGAAGACGACGACGACGGAUCAAAAAGCAGCAUUGGACAUAGCAUCAUGGCUCUUCAACGUCGUUACUUCCGUUGGAAUCAUCCUCGUUAACAAAGCCUUGAUGGCCACUUACGGCUUUACCUUCGCUACGACGUUAACCGGUUUGCAUUUCGGAACAACCACAUUGCUGACUACUCUCUUGACAUGGUUUGGUUAUAUCCAACCUUCUCAGCUUCCCUGGCCCGAUCUUCUCAAGUUCGUUCUCUUCGCUAACUUCUCUAUCGUUGGGAUGAACGUCAGCCUCAUGUGGAACUCUGUUGGUUUCUACCAGAUUGCCAAGCUCAGUAUGAUCCCUGUUUCUUGUCUUCUUGAAGUUCUUCUUGACAAGGUCAGGUACUCCAGAGAUACCAAGCUCAGCAUUUUGUUAGUUCUUUCUGGUGUCGCCGUCUGUACUGUUACCGAUGUCAGUGUCAACCUCAACGGCUUUCUCGCUGCUGCUAUUGCUGUCUGGAGCACCGCCCUUCAGCAAUACUAUGUACAUCAUCUACAACGGAAAUAUUCGCUUGGCUCUUUCAAUCUGCUGGCGCAUACCGCUCCUGUACAAGCCGCAUCCUUGUUGUUGGUCGGACCUUUUCUAGACUUUUGGUUGACUAACCAAAGAGUUGAUGCUUUCAACUUUUCAUUUCCAUCUCUGUCCUUCUUAAUACUCUCGUGUAGUAUUGCGGUCGGGACCAAUCUUAGCCAGUUCAUCUGUAUCGGAAGAUUCACGGCGGUGUCUUUCCAAGUACUUGGUCACAUGAAGACCAUCCUCGUUUUGGUUUUGGGAUUCACUUUCUUCGGUAAAGAAGGCUUAAACAUGCAAGUCGUACUUGGAAUGCUCAUCGCCAUCCUCGGUAUGAUCUGGUACGGUAAUGCAUCUUCUAAACCUGGCGGUAAAGAGCGUCGUAGCCUCUCUAUUCCCAUUACCAAGGCGCAUAAACUCAACAGUUUAUCUGAGACAGCCGAAUCUGAUGAAAAGGUCUAGAAAGAAUCAAGUAAAUCGGCAUUGACAUAGAAACUAAAACAAGAAACUCAGAUACACAACAGCUAGAGAGUAUCAAUUGGGACCCUUAUACGAACAAAGGGGGUUAUAAUUAUUUAAUUCCAGAAACUAUAUUUUUCUUGUC